UUGUAGUUUAUCCGACGCUGAGGUGGACAUCUCAAAAACAGGAGAAUCUGUCUCAAUGCAGAGCUGUGGUAAUGAUAUGGAGUAUCUUGCUGAGAAGAUUGUAGAACAUGCUGUCGCUAUCAUCACCUUAAUGACUGGAGAAAGGGACACUCAAGAGUUAGUUGGCAAAUCAUUGGAAAUCUUUUCAUUAAAAGAAUACUGGAAGAAUGACAAACUGCUUAUAGAGAGGAUUGUGGACCAUGCUUCACAGAUCAUCCACCUGAUGACCAGCAAGGUACCGAUAUUCUCUGACAUCCAGCUCUGUUUCUCAGAUGAGAAGAAUAAUUCUAGAGUUUUGACUGCAGAAAACCAAAUCCCCUACACGUCCAUAGAUGAAAGACCUGAUACACAUCACUCACUGCUCUACUUACCGUACUGGAAAAUGAAAAACAAUAGCGUUUCCCUGGCUAAUUGCAAGAAACAAAGCUGGAACAAAUCCCAAACUAAUACCAAUGAGAGAAGUCUUCAGAGAAACUCUUUGGAAGAAUCAUUAUCAUCUAUAAGCCAAGAUGUUCCAAAUGCACCAGGAAUAUCUGUUCUUCAGGAUGUAAAACCAAUCGUAAACUCUGAGAAAGUUCAGAAAGGUUUUCAAGUUAAAAAAAUAAGAAAUAGAAGGUUCUCUACAUUAAAAGAAACACUGGAUAAAGCCCAUCAAGAUUCGAGUAUAGGACAUAUUUCAGAUGCGUAUGCUAAACAACAAAAAUACUUCAGUGACAAUUUACAAUUAUAUAGUAACCUAAUAUCCCACACAGAACAGAGAACAUAUAGAUUUUCUGAAUCCAGGGAAAAAUUUAGUAGUUUCACUCACCUUGCUAUAAACAUGUCAGAAAAACUAUCUGUAGCCACUGAUACAACAGACUCCAUAUUGGUUGGACACCAAGUAAGCCUCAGUAAGGAAGUACCCUAUGCAGUUACUCAAAGUGGAAAAAGCUUUGCCAUCAGCACUGAUGUAUUUAAUAGUCACAAUAUAAACCAUAGUGGAGAAAAGUCUCAUAUCUGCCGUGAGUGUGGAAAUGGGUUUGUAAGCAGCUCAAGUCUUCUUAAACACCAGAUAAUUCAUACGGGACAGAAGCCAUAUACUUGCAAGGAGUGUGGAAAAAGUUUUAGUUUUAGCUCUAGUUUAAUAAGACAUCAGAGAGUUCACACAGGGGAAAAACCGUAUGUUUGCAAUGUGUGUGGUAAACGCUUCAGCAUAAGCACAACCCUUGUGAGACAUCAGCGAGUGCAUACAGGUGAAAGACCGUAUGCCUGCAAGGAUUGUGGGAAGAGAUUUACGUGCAACUCUCACCUGGUUAUACAUCGGAGACUUCACACUGGGGAGAAGCCCUACACUUGCACUGAAUGUGGAAACUCGUUUAGCAAUGGAUCUGACCUUGUUAAACACCAGAGAACACACACUGGAGAAAGACCUUAUUCGUGUAAUGAGUGUGGGAAACGUUUCAGUAUUAUAUCUAACCUAAUAACACAUCAGAAAGGACACAAGGGAAAAACUCAUCCUAAAAAAGCAUUGUCAAACAAUGUUAACAAACAGCUCAAAAAGUAAAUCUAACGGGACAUCAAAUUCAAUUAUGUUGUAUAUAUGUUGUACAAAUCAGCAUUUCAAAAAGAUCUGCAUUUAAAAUAAAUGUUUUGUAAACAUUC